AUGACUGCUCUUAGUGAUGGUACUUCCGUAGACUACGAACAAGCUAGGAACUUCAUGGACUACUACUGUCACAGAUUUCAUUUUGCUGCUCCUGAAAUCACAUACACCAAUUCAGGCAAUACUUGGGAAACCGUGAUGACUGUACAAUCGCGAAAAAUCGGUAUGGGUAUCGCUACUUCGAAAAAAACAUCCUUGCAACGAUGUUAUCUUGACGUCGUGCAUUACCUUGAACAAUGUGACCCACAGUUGUGGAAGGAUUUCAAAGAAAAGGCGUCUACCGGUUAUACCCAGAUUCAACGAGUAAACAUGCACCUCACUCACGAUUUACAGGCCCGGAUCCGUGACCUCAUCGUUGACCUCAGGUCCAGCGAAUUAUACAAAAACCGACCUGCCCUCGCUUCCGGGACUAUCUCAGAUAGUAUAACUGCUAUGGGAACACGUUACCGCGUUCCCAAUCGUUCCAUCCUUUCAGAAAAAUCUCAAGAGUUACGCGAGCGUCAGAAGCAAUACAACGAAGACCCUUCCCUCGAGCGUAUGCGCGCCACACGUGCAUCACUUCCCGUUCACUCUCGCUCAGAGCAGAUCUUGUCUGCGAUCGAAGCCAACGACGUAACCGUUCUCAUGGCUGCUACUGGUUCAGGGAAGACGACACAAGUGCCCCAGCUGCUCCUCGAUUCGUUCAUCGAAAAAGGUCGAGGUGCUCAAUGCAAUAUUCUAUGUACACAGCCUCGACGACUGGCCGCGCUCAGUGUUGCCCAUCGUGUCUCGAACGAGAGAGGAGAGCAACUCGGCCGCUCCGUGGGUUAUGUCGUUCGUUUCGAGGCCAAGCCUCCUGAGCCUCAUGGCUCCAUCAACUUUUGCACCAUAGGUGUGUUUUUGAAGAUGUUGCAGAAUGCAUUGUCGCAGGGACAAGGCCAGAUGGAUUCUAUAACGCAUGUUGUUGUGGAUGAGGUGCACGAACGAGAUGUUGACACAGACCUCUUACUUGUUGUUCUGAAGCGCUUACUGGACGACAGGAAAGCGCGAAACAAACCUUUGAAGAUCAUCCUCAUGAGCGCUACUAUUGACCCUACCCUCUUCCGAAAUUACUUCCCUGAUGACAACAAUCUUCCUGCGCCAGUCAUUGAAGUACCAGGACGUACGUUCCCGGUGCAAAGACACUUUUUGGAAGAUUUCCUCCAGAAUGUUAGCAAUGGCCCGUCGAAUUGGUUAUUCAACGAGGAUAAUGUUGUCAAAUAUGUCAUUCGGGAAUUGGGAAUUCAGGCACUACCGCCAUAUGUGCCGUUACAGAAAUUCGACCCAGUUCGGAUUAACGCCGAAUCUGAAAGCGAGGUCGAAAUUCCCUAUCCUCUCAUUGCGGCUACUAUCGCACAUGUACUCAGUAAUUCGGAUUCGGGCCACGUUCUAACCUUUUUGGCUGGCUGGGAUGAUAUUAGCGCUGUGCAGAAAAUACUACUGAACCCUCCCGGUCCUCUUUCCAUCAAUUUCAAUGAUCCAAAGUAUUCCAUUCACCUCCUUCACUCCAGUGUCCCUCUGGCUGAACAACAAGUCAUAUUCGAUCCACCGAAAGAGGGCGUACGUCGAAUUAUUCUUGCCACUAACAUAGCUGAAACAUCCGUUACUAUUCCUGAUGUUGUUUAUGUCGUCGACUCUGCCAGGCUGAAAGAGCAACGCUUUGACCCCGAGAAGCAUAUAUCGUCUUUGGUUUCCGCCUGGGUUGGUUCCUCAAACUUGAACCAACGUGCUGGGCGCGCUGGGAGGCAUCGACCUGGGGAGUAUUACGGUGUGCUGAGUCAAAAGCAUGCCGAGAGUUUACAACCUUACCAAACCGUUGAGAUGAGUCGUGUUGACUUGAGUAACGUCGUCAUGCACAUCAAGGCGCUCAACUUCCCUGGUAUGAGCGUGGAAGAAGUGUUGAAGGCCACUAUUGAGCCUCCUCAGACCGAUCGAGUCGCAGCUGCUAUGAAGACAUUGCAGAUGGUGGGGGCCAUUGAUGAACACAAGAACUUGACCUCUCUCGGUCGCGUUCUUUUGCAGAUCCCUGUGGAUGUGCAAGUCGGUCGUUUAGUGCUGAUGGGCAGUUUCUUCCGAUGUCUUGACCAGGCCUUGACCCUUGCUGCUCUUCUGACAAACCGCGAUCCUUUCAUAUCACCAAUGCACAUGAAAGAAGUUGCAGCGGCUGCGAAGAACAAAUGGUGCCCCCCCGGUAUCAAGUCAGAUCCGCUUACAGCUCUUAGAGCUUACAACGCCUGGGAGGAAAUGCAGUCGACGCGGCAAUACCAGAGCGCGAACCGAUUCACUGUUGAUAAUUUCCUCUCAAAGCCCACAUUGGUUUUGAUCCAGAAAUUGAAGACUCAUCUUUUGCAGUCUUUAUAUUCGGCUGGGGUUAUAGAUAUCUCUGCCGGUGGUGGACUUGGCGACGGUUCGAGAUAUGAAAUCCCACCUGAGCUAAAUCAGAAUGGCGAUUCAAUGAUGUUGUUAGCGUCUUUGAUCGCUAUAUCGUGCCAACCGAAAUUUGCUGUUCGUGCAAGUGACAGAAUCUGGCGCACGCAAACGGAAAAGGCGACUAUGAUACAUCCCUCGAGCGUUAAUCACCCAAAGCACCUGGAAGGCAACCAAGAUUUCUCGAAACAGAUAGUCGCAUUUGUUGAGAAGCGUCGAAACGUCUCUGCCGGUAGUGCAUCUUCCACAUUCCUUGUGGGUACAACCCGACUUGAGCCUUUGCUGUUUGCCUUGUUCGGAGCACACAAAAUGGAGAAAGAAGAACAGGGGCUUAUGCUCGACAAUUGGCUCAACCUUUUAGGCAACCUUGAUUCCCUAGACGACAUAUACGAUCUCCGCAAGUACUUAGACAGCUGCAUGUCCAGGGUUUUUGAGGGUAUCGUGAUGGGUGGACGGAAACAUCGGAAUUUAAAAGUGCUUCCAAGAGAAGAAGAGGAGGUUUCAGAAUCUGGAGACGAUACCAUAGAUGACAGCAGAGAUUACUCUUUAUCAAAAACGGAAGUCAAGGAGCUUGAUCUACUCAGUCGUGACCUUGUCAACAUACUUAACCAGUAUAGUUCUGAACGAGGUGUUGAUUCGGUCCCAGCCACAAGACCUGGCACUCCAUUAACCAGACCUGGCACCCCGAGAUUUUCCGGGUCUGGUUAUCCUGGUUCCGGCUAUACCACACCUUUUGGGCAUUCACAUUCACAGUUCAACUCGAGAGCUAGCACACCGACCGGACGAGCUUGGCGUCGGCUUCAGUAA